CAACCAGCUUCCGACGAAAAGGAAGUGGUUGAGCGAUUGUACAAAGUCGUGGCAUUCAAGGGAGACAACAGCUGGUAUCUCUGGCUCUGUAACUCGAGGUUACUGAUGAAUAUGCUCCUUUUGCAUUGAUAGAAUCCAUGUGGAAUGCACUCAAGAGGAUGCAAUCAAGUCCAAAUGAAGAAUCCUUGAAGGCAUUUUCGGAUUGAUGGAA